AUGGGGCGCUCCAGAUGGGUCCCUUGCCUUACUGCCAUACUCUCGACGGCCUUGGCACAGGUCUAUAAUCCUUUGUAUACUUCGGCACAGUUGUCGGCGGUCAGCUCUCUACCCAUAGAUAUCAGCGGCUUGAUAGACAAUAAAGCUUUUGGGACAUUACCAGGAGAUGCCGACUUUGACGGCAAACAAAGCUCUUACCCAGCACAGUAUCAGCCGGGCGCGAACCUGACCUAUGGCGGAGUUCAAUACGAGUUCCAGGGAAACGGGACGUAUGACAACUUUGUAGCCCAAGGACAAAAUCUCUCCUUCCCGCCCGGAAAGUAUUCCAGCAUAAACUUGCUCGCUGCAGCAGAAAGUAGCCCAACCGAAGGGCAAAUUACGAUUAGCUAUAAGGGCGAGCCCGAAGUUUUGGCGGGUGUCUCAGUGCCUCCGUGGUGGCAAUGGGCUUUCCCACCGGGCGGCGACAUUGUGCUGCCCUUUUACUUUACAAACGAGUCUACCAACUACAACAAGUCACACAUCUAUCAGCGCACACUCUGGUUGGAUUCUAGCAAGGAAUUAGUUGGGCUUCAAGUGCCAGAGUCGGACGUAGGCAACAGACUGCACAUCUUUGCUGCGACAUUGACGCCAACAACGACCAGCGCAAAUGACACCGGAACAAAGUUGGAGGUGGUGUACGCGCGCUCCACCAAAAAGUACGCCGAAGCCUCCACCACACAAAUCUACGAAGUGGCCGUUAGCAACGUCGACGACCGGGCUUGGGUGACGGCAAACGAUAGUGUACAGGUCACGAUCGAGUCGGACGGGGUCACCACAACCAAGGCUGGAAUCAUCAAACGUCUUCGGCCGGGAGACAGGGUCGUUGUCCAGGUCGAGGUAGAGAACAAACAAGGUGUCGAGCCGGGCACCGUCGGUGUCGCAACAGCGCGCUUGACUUCUGGGGCGGUUGAUGUGAAGCAUGAUUUCGAGGCCACCUUUGGCAUCGCGCCGUACGAGCCAACCUACGAGUCAAUCUUUUCGCACGAAAGUCCCGAUUGGUACAACAAUGCCAAGUUUGGAAUAUUUAUUCACUGGGGAUUGUACUCCAUCCCGGCCUGGGGCAAUACUGGCUCGAAUGAGACCUAUGCAGAAUGGUACUGGUGGAACUUGAACGGAGGACCAGACACGUCGGACCGGACCUAUGAAUACCACCUUGAAACGUACGGGCCUAACUUUGUAUAUGACGACUUCAUUUCCAACUUUAGCGCAGCGGGCUUUGAUGCAAAAGAAUGGGUUGACCUCUUUGCGGAUGCCGGUGCAACAUACUUUGUCCACGUGUCAAAGCAUCACGAUGGCUAUGCAUUAUUUGAUCUGCCCGCCAACGUGAGCCAGCGUACUUCCGUGGCCCUCUUUCCUCAUCGCGACUUUAUUCAAGAGACCUUUGCCGCAGCCGAGACAUAUCAGCCGCAACUUCACCGGGCAGUGUAUUACAGCCUGCCCGAGUUCUUCCACCCCGAUUACGUGCCCUACGGGUUUGGGCGAUGGCCGGGCGGAAACGCAACCAAUCCAUUCACCAAUGAAACACUGCCUUACACGGGAUACGUACCCGUGGAUGACUACGUGAGAGACCUGGUUCUGCCAGAAAUGCAAACGCUCGCUUCUCUUGGGACUGAGAUCAUGUGGUGCGACAUUGGCGGUCCCAAUCUCACGACCGAGUUCGCUGCCGAGUGGUAUAACGAAGCCAUUACACAAAACCGGCAUGUGGUCAUGAACAAUCGCUGUGGAGUUCCCGGCGACUUUGACACCCCUGAGUAUGCCACUAUAUCUGCGACGCAGCAGAGAAAGUGGGAAAGCAGUGCUGGCAUGGACCCAUUCAGCUAUGGAUACAAUCGUGCCACGCCGCCAGAGGGAUACAUGAACGCGAGCACCAUUAUUACCAAUCUCGUAGACAUUGUCAGCAAGAACGGCAACUAUCUACUCGACAUUGGCCCGGUUGGCAACGGCAGCAUCCUCGAUAUUGAAGCGCAGCACCUCCGCCAAGCUGGUUCCUGGAUCAAGGACCAUGGAGAAGCCAUCUUCAACACUACGAGCUAUUUCAUUACGCCACAAGAGGGCGACGAUGUGCGAUUCACUACAACUACGGAUGCGUUCUAUAUCCUGGUCAUGAAUCAGUUGAAUAGCACAUUGACUUUGACGAGUGCCAUUCCCUGGAUUGAGGGAGAUGUGGUGACUGUGCUCGGCGGUGACUUGAGCGGAACAGCAGUUCCCAUUCAAGAGGUUACUGUGCAAGGCCAGCCGGCACUGCAACUAGAUAUUAGCAAGGAUAUCCAAGAUGCGGACCAGUGGACGUGGGUCUUCAAGAUAUCCUAUACUCCAAAUGUUGUUGACGCAGCGCAAGCUCACGUAGUCGACCGGGCGACUGCAGAAGCCAUUAUCGGCCCCUUGGUAGGUGCUGUGUAA